GCUUUCGCUGGACGCAGAGUAAACACGGCGUCUCGAGCUGGAGGGAUUUCCACUUUUCCUGCAGGAAGAAGCUCUUUAGAUGAACUUUUAGUGAUUAUUAGAUUUUAAAAACAAGGUGAUAAAUGAGUUUUUCCCUCACUUCUUCACACUGGGGAAGUGUUUGUUGGAGCAGAGUGAGAGAAGAGAGCAGCAGGACGUCUUUAUGUGAUCCUUAGUAACCUCCAAAGUCUGAGUUAGUCCAUGGCAUAACCCCGGGGUCUUCAGCUUCCUUCUGGGGAAGUGUUGUCCAGUCUUUGUGCCUGAUUUAGUGUGACACGCUGCAAGAAGAAGCGCCUGCUUCUCCGUCCGCGCUGACCGGAACCAUGCCGGCCCUUGCUACCGGACCGGGCCCAGACACAGGUCUGUAUGAGCUGCUGUCAGUGUUGCCUUCUCAGCUCCAGAUGUAUGUAAAGAGUGCGGAUGAUCGCUCUUUUCUCCACACCAUGUUCAGCGCCCGGAGCCUGCACUCGCUCGUCAAGAUCCAUGAGAAAUUACAGCACUAUGAGGAAAGAUGUCCUGCUCCUGUAUUGGACAGCGCUGGUGCUCUCGCUCAAGGAGUGUCUGAGGAGCUCCAGAUGAAGCCUGUGAGUGCAGACGUCACUGAGCUGCUGAAGCUGCUCUCCAAACCUCACGUGAAGAGUUUGUUGUCAGUUCAUGACACAGUGGCUCAGAAGAGUUACGACCCUCAGCUUCCUCCUCUCCCAGACGACAUCGACGAUGAUGAAGAUUCGGUCAAGAUCAUCCGACUCGUCAAGAAUAAAGAGCCUCUAGGGGCCACCAUUAAAAAAGACGAAAAAACUGGAGCCAUCACCAUCGCUCGCAUCAUGAAGGGAGGAGCAGCAGACAGAAGUGGGCUGAUCCACAUUGGAGACGAGCUGAAGGAGGUCAAUGGAAUCUCAGUGGAUGGCAAGCAACCAGAGGACAUCAUUCAGAUUCUGUCCCAGUCUGAGGCUGCAAUUACAUUUAAAGUGGUACCGGGUCCAGAGACGGACGGUCCAGCCAGUGAGCCCAAGGUAACUCAGCAGCACACUAAGAUGUAUGUGAAGGCACUGUUUGAUUACGACCCGGAUGAGGACAAGGCGAUCCCCUGUAAGGAGGCAGGUAUGGCCUUCAAGAAAGGUGAUGUUCUGCGGAUCAUGUCUCAGGAGGAUGCUACGUGGUGGCAGGCCAAAGUUGAGGGCGGAGCCAACCCUCGCGCCGGACUCAUCCCCUCCAAACACUUCCAGGAGAGGAGGUUUGCUCUCCGACAGCCGUCGCCCAUCGCCCAGCCUCAGAAGAUUUCUCGGAAACCAUCCACGUUACGGCGGAGCUUUCGGCUCAGCAAAAGAGGAAAGAAGACGAACAAGUCCAUGUACGAGUGUAAGAAGAGCGAGCAGUACGACACGGCCGAUGUCCCCACCUACGAGGAAGUGGCUCCCUACUGCAGGGCCCCGGGGGCCAGGUACAGACUCGUCGCUCUGAUUGGUCCUACAGGUGUGGGUUUGAAUGAGUUGAAGAGGAAGUUGUUAAUAUCUGACCCACAGCAUUUCAGCGUCACCAUCCCUCACACGUCUCGAGUGAAGAGGAAUCAGGAGAGUGAUGGUGUGGAGUAUCACUUCAUCUCUAAACACCUGUUUGAAACAGACAUCCACAACAACAAGUUUAUUGAAUAUGGUGAGUAUAAGGGAAAUUACUAUGGAACGAGUCUGGACUCAAUCCGCUCAGUUAUCGCCAAAAACAAGGUGUGCCUCCUGGAUGUGCAGCCUCAUUCUCUGAAGCACCUUCGCACGGCCGAGUUUAAACCCUUCGUGGUCUUCGUCAAGCCUCCGUCCAUCCAGCGCAUGAGAGAGACCAGGAAGAACGCUAAAACCAUCUCAGGGAAAGGAGACAAGGACACGUCCAAGCCCUUAACGGAUGAAGACUUCGAGGAGAUGAUCAGCGCGGCUCAGCUGAUGGAGAAUCAGUACGGUCAUCUCUUCGACCUGGUGCUGGUGAACGAUGACCUGUCGUCGGCGUCCGGCGAGCUGAAACGCGCUCUGAGGAGGGUGGAGAUGGAGACGCACUGGGUUCCGGUCAGCUGGACACACUCCUGAGGAACGCCGUGGGACGGAAAAUACACCGCCUUUAAAAAUAAAGAAGAGAAGGAAGACAAUGGAAGAGGGGAGAUUUUUUUUUUUUUUUAUGCUUGAAGCUGACCGAGCUUUCAUUUAGCCUAAAUCUGGUGACGGGGACGGUUCGGGGGGGGACUUUAACAGCGUUGGACGCUUUUACGAGCUCCUGACACUAAAAGAAGGAAUGUUGGGUUUGUUUUUGUGUGCGCUCGGUCAGCACGGCUGGACCCGGGGCGAGGUGUCAGCGAAAUUCAGCUCGGAACGUCGUUAAACACGGGAUGGUUUAGCGGCAGCUGUCGAAGUGUGUGUUUACUUGAUGGCCAGUCAGGCGGUCAGGCAGCAUGUGAUUUUAACUUUAAUUUAUAAACACCAAAGGGAUGAGUUGUUUUUUUUUUCUUCUUUCUGCGGGCUGACUAGAUUUUUUGCCUGAUUUUGGGAAGUCUUAAAUCGUGAUGCUUUUUUUAAACGAUGAACCACACAGGACCCAGAUCCUCUUCUCAUUAUAUUUAACUAGAAAAGUAAUAUAUUUUAAUAAUGUUCUGAGGUUUGUGUCCUUUUUAUAAACAAGAGCAAUAUCCUGAACUUCAGUUCUGCUCCGAGUCUCACACAUACAUGGGGAUGGGUUUAUCUCUCUAUUUCUCUCUCUCUUUCUCCCUCUCCUCUCUCUGUCUUGAAAUGAUCACUCCAUCUCUCUCUCACUCUCUCUCUCUGUCUCAGUUCAAUCACUUCAUCUCUCUCUCUCUCUCUCUCUCUCUCUGUCUUGAUAUGAUCACUCCAUCUCUCUCUCACUCUCUCUCUCUCUCUGUCUUGAUAUGAUCACUCCAUCUCUCUCUCACUCUCUCUCUCUCUCUGUCUUGAUAUGAUCACCCCAUCUCUUUCACUUUCUCAAAUCAAUUACUUCAUAUCUCUCUCUUUCUCUCCCCUGUCUCUCUCUGUCUCAAUUCAAUCACUUCAUCACUCUCUCUCUUUCUCCCUCUCGUCUCUCCGUCUCGAUGUGAUCACUCCAUCUCUCUCUCUCCCCCUCUCUCCCCACAUCAUCCUCUGCACCUCAUUAAAGUGUAAAACUGCUCCAGUCUUCGUCUUUUCCUUUAAUCCCCCAGGAACAUAAAUAUUGUUAGAUUAUUAUAUUUUAUUUUCGUGGCCGAUUCACAAAUUUUUAACUUCACGUUAAAAUCAUUUUCAGCCCAGACGUUUUAACAAUAUCGCCAUUUUAUUUACGCGUUAUUUAUGAGUAUCGCUAUUUGAGAGAAAUUCAAAUAUUCUUUUAAAUAAAUAAAAAAUUAGAAUGUAUUUUAAAACAUAUUUAGACGUCGCCUUUUGAGCUACUGAAAUAUUUUUGGUUUACUUUAUUUGCUUUUAAAAACACAUAAAAACAGCUUUAUACACGCCCCCCUCAUUACAAAUGCAGACAUCUGUAUGAAUAUUCAUGGUUAUGCAAAUGAGAAUCUCAUGGUGUCAUCGAGUCAUUAGUCAUUCAGCUAAUAUCUCUAACUCUAGCUAACUAAACUAGCAUGCUAGUACACUCUAUUAAAUAUACCUUUAGUCUGGCUUUUUAUGUUUUGUUUUUAUUUGAUCCUUUUUCUUUCUAUUCUCUCUCUCUCUCUCUCUCCUUUUUCUUUCUAUUCUCUCUCUCUCCUUUUUCUCUGUUCUCUUUCUCUAUUCUCUCUAUUUUCUCUCUUCUUUUUCUCUCUAUUCUCUCUCUCUUCUUUUUCUCUAUAUUCUCUGUCUACUCUCUCUCUCUCUCCUUUUUCUCUCUCCUUUUUCUCUGUUUUCUUUCUCUAUUCUCUCAUUUCUUUCUCUCUAGUCUCUCUUCUUUUUCUCUCUAUUUUCUGUUUCUUCGCUCUCUCUCUGGCGCUCUCUAGUCUCUCUCUUCUUUUUUUGAUUUAUUCUCUCUCUCUUACUCUCUGUCUCACUAUAUUCUCUCUCUAUUCUCUUUUUCUUUCCCUAUUUUUUGUGUAUUCUCUCUUCUUUCUCUCUCUAUUCCCUCUCUCCCUUUUCUCUUCAUUCUUUCACUCUCUGUUCGGUCUCUCUCUUUGCUUUCACCAUAUUUACUCUCUCUAUUCUCUGGCUUCUUUCUCUCUCUCUCUCUCUGUCUUUCUCUGUUUUUAUUUUAUGUUUGUUUGGUUUUUUUUCAUAAGAUAUUGAAAUGAUUUUGCAGAUGAUUUUGUUUUCUUUAGAACUUUAGCUCAGUGUGAAUUAAAGCGCCUCAUGAGGACAGAACCGAUGUAUUCCUCGUACCAACGCUGCAGCAUUCAGCCAAACGUUUUUUAUUUGUUGCAUAACAACGUUAAUACAACGUUCAACAUCAUAGCAGCUAGAAACGCUCUUUCCCUCAGCACCAGCUGCUCUUUCGUUCUCUCUCUCUCUCUCUCUCUCUCUCUCUCUCUCUAUGAUAACUUAAAAAAACAAAACAAACUCGAAGAAG